UGCAGAUAUGUUAGGGCAGGGGGCGUGGGAGAGAGAGAGAGACAAAGAGAGAGAGAGAGUGAGCAAGAGAGAGGGAGGGUGAGAGACAGAGAGAGAGAGAGAGAGAGGUUUUGAAAGCAUUGAUAUGGGGUCUACAUAUUCCCCCCAGCCCCCAUUCCCUAUUAUCAUAGAAGCAUGCUGCCCUCCAAGGCUUUUGAAUUUGCCACCAUGAAGAGUGUGCAUGGAAUCUUCGGCUGUGGCCUUGCGUUGCCCCCUGUCUUCAUAGCGGAGCUUCUUUAUUUGACACGUGUGUGUGCCUCUGAUGAGCAGCCCUUCAUCACAGCUCUGCGGCCUCCUCCUUGGCCCCCACCUUCAGCUCUUCAGUUCAUUUCCCUCCUUGUUCCCAUUGCCACCUGCGGGCUUGGAGGGCCACCUGACACUGUCUCCUUUGGGUCCCCUGUGACUCCAGAGCUCCUCCCCUUCUGGGGCACCCACAUCUGCAACACACUUGUUUGCCCAGUGCAUUUUCUACACUUAGAGUUCCUCUCGUGCUCUCAUAUUUCCAUUUAAAGCCCUCUCGAGAGGUCUGUCUCCUGCCAGCAGCAUUCCUUCUAGUUUACUAGAACUCCAUUUCUCAUCCUGCCAGGAAUCCAGCCAUGGAGUGAGCUUCAGCAAGCCUCUCUGCAGUCUUUUGUCUCCUCCAAAAUUGUGGCCUCUGGUUGUGAGAAAUGGGCAUCCUGAGUCAGUGAGAGCAGUGGUUAGCCUGCAGCAGCUUCCCCUCUCCCCCUGAGUGAGCCUUUAUUCCUCUUCCUCCUCUUUCACUCAGCCUCAUCCUGCCUUGGGUCCAUUUGACAGAAAAUGGCACCUUCAGGCCUUGUCUUUUGCAUGGCAUCUGUGCCUGACUGGUCAGAAAUUACUUGUGAAGCAACAUAGGGGGUUGCUGGUUGGGUCCACUUUUAGGAUGAAGUCAGAAGGGCUCAUGAGUGAUGCUUGGCCAAUAAGAAUGUAUUGAUUUGAUUUCCUAAUUUCAUUUCCAGACACCAAUAUAUGCAUAGCCUUGUUUGAAGAAAAUUAAGGAGAACCAUUUUGUAAAUGGCAAUGAGUGUAAGACACUUAACUAUCUUCCUUCUCUUCCUGGCACGGGCGUCUGCGCUCCCUGACUCUGCUUUUAUUAAAGGUGUCUGGGAAGGCAUUUGUCCUUUGGCUUCCCAGCUGGCCUCUUGCCUUCUCACUCACUGCCUCCCGUAGCCUGUGGGUAGAAUCCCUCAC